CCCUUUUUUCUAAAUGUGAUCAUGUUCAUUCAGAGCUCAGUCGCUCAGAUCAUCACACCUCUCUGUCCUUUGUCUUUGUUCUCUCGUCUCUCCAUCCAUCCAUUCAUUCAUCCAUCCAUCCAUCCGUCCUCCCCCCUCUCUCUGUCCAUCCAUGUGAAUGAUGUCCAGUCUUUGGUUUCUGACAGUCCAUUUACUUGGAGGUUCUCUGCUGCUGCUGACUGCUGUUUGUGAGGCUCAGUACUACAGCAACGUCACGCCGCCUCCAGACUACGAGUCAGACUACAACUCUACCUUCGAGUACAGCUUCUUCAGUAACAGCAGCAGUGAGGACCUGGAGUGGUUUAUUGGUGAGGUGGAUGGGGAGGAGGAGGAAGAAGAAGAAGAAGAAGUGUCUGUCACUUCAACAACUAUAUCCAGCAAGUCCACAGAGAGAAGCGAGGACACUACUGAGAACAACGCCUCAAUUCCUGUUUCUCUGGAACUCAGGAAGCUGCUCUGGACUUCGGUUAUCCUGAUGGUUCUGAACUUACAGCAGCUGUGACACAAACUCAUGAGAAAACGUGAACUUCCAGGUCUUGGUGGGUCUGCUGAAUCACCUGAAGUAAGGUGGGUGGGGUCUCUUUGAUGUCAGCAGAGGCUGAACUGACUGGUCCACACACGGCUGCCCAUCGCUCUGGUUGGAUGUCUGCCAAUCCCAGACCUCCUUUCUCAGCAACAGAGUUCUGAAAUCGACUUCAAGAAGACUGAAAUGUGUCACAUACUGAAUCAUUUUAAAGGGGAAUCUGCCUAAUUAAGACAGGAUCAAGAUUUUCUCUUUGUGGGAAUAUUUUGAAAAAUAUGAUGGAAAUAUUUAAAAGUAUGUAUGUUUGUUAAUGCCAAAAUUGGUUGCAUUAACCUGUCUUCUAGAAAAGAAAUUUACAACCAAACAUCACAUCUACUUUAACGUGAGGAGUCUGGAAAUCAUUUUAAGCACAUAUUUAUCAAGAACUAAACUCCUAAUACCAAAUUGUGGUCCAUAGGUUUAGUGUUUCUCCAAAAUACUUUAUUUUACAGUUUUGCAUCCACUUUAGCUCAUAGCCAUCAGGAACCGCAAACGACACGGGCUUUUCAUUAAUUUUAAGGUUCCAAUAUUUUUAGAAAUAUGCCCCACAAAAACCUCUAAAACAAAGUAAAGAUUUGCUUCUAUGACAUAUUGUCUGCAUUUCAAAAAAUACAUAUGCUUUUAACUGAAAGUAAUUACAAAGAGGAAGCACAUUUUUGAUGGAUGUGAAAUAAAGACACUUGUUUUUUUUAAGAGAAAUAAGUUGUUUUGUUUGGAUCUAUAAUAUUCUGCAAGAAAACAAAAUGGAAAAUAUACAUUCUAACUACUGGUGGUACUGGAAAUAGGGGCCCAAUUAAAUGAGAAGCAUUCCUGUGGCUAUUUCUUGGCUAAGGAAGAUUAACACAUGAGAUUUACUUGAAAUACAUGGUCUCUUGUAUUUCUCAUUUUGAAGAGUGAGCAAUGGGCCACUGAGUGCUCUCUGGUCAAGUAAAAAAGGUAUAAUUUAAAAACAUAUCCCAUUACAUUUAUUUUAUAUGAAUUGUUGGUGGUGUCAAUAAUUGUAAUUUCUAAAUGUGGGGUUUUUUUCCACUGAGUGAAUGUACUAAACUUAAAGGUGGGAUUUGUCCGUGCAAGCUUAUGUUAUACUGCAAUAAAAGAUGAAUUGUUUAAAGUUUUUACAUAUCUUCAAGCAGGGCUAAAAUAAAUGUGAAAAGUCCUGUGAGAGAUAAAGUCUGUAAUUUCAGAUCAAUUACAAUUAUUGCUAAUAAACAGAAAUAUUUUCUUUACAAGGUGGAUAAAUAAAAAUCUUCUAACCUAAGGUGGGUAAUCAGGUUCAGGCUGUUUUGUAUGGCAGCAGUUAUGUGCAGCUUCCAUAAAUAAAAGUAUCUUAUCUUCUCUUGCUUUUCCACUUCAUCAUAUCAGGAUUAAAAUGUUCUGGGAGGCUUUAGAUGAAUGGUGUAAGCAGUCCAGACGAUCUCAAAGCACCUUGUUUUGAACACCCGAUUGUGUGCAAGGGAAGGAAUACUGAGAAAACAUUGUUGAUGAAUCUGGCCAAGGACACGGUGUGACCUCCUUCUGGAGACUCUGAUGCAGCUCAUAAAGACCUGGAAAUGAACGAGUGGAUGUAUUUUUGAAAACAUUCAGUAAUAAAUGAUUAUUGAUUUCUUAUGAGAAGUAAAGGUCCAACAUUUGGCAGUUGAUUUUAGUUUCAUGUUUAAGCAAAAAUACAAAAUAUAUCCCAUAACAAUGGAGCUUUCUUUAUUUCCUAUGAGUCACUUGUGAUGUCUAAUAUUAAAAAAUAGUUUUCACUAAGGUUACAUUAACUCACAAUAAAGAAAUAAAAAUGUUCUUACACGUUUGUAUUUGAAGAGAUUAAUAUGUUCAAAUAUUAAUCAGAAAUGCUAUUUUAUGCCCUAUACUUUGUUAUUUUUGUGUGCAUUAAAUGCCUUGCCAUGUCAAAAUAAAAGCCUCUCAGAAAGUGCUGCAACACAUCACUAGAUUGUAAACAAUAAAACACAUUUUGUUAGAAAUACUUUUAGAAAACAAUCCUUUUAUUUCUGUUAUUUUUACAAACAGAAGCAACAUGCAGGGAGGGGGUUUUAUGAGCAAAAUUGACCUAAAUAAGCAAUGAGACUUGACUGAUUAAAAAAUCAAAACUGGUUUUAAAUGUAAUUCAAAGAAGAUGGGGUUUUUUUUCUAUGUGUUUUGACAUAAAAUUUACAAAAUUACUUAUUAUUUAAUUCACCAAGCAGCACUAGCUGAACCUCAAUUAAGUGAACAUAUGAUUUAUUUUUUUCAAAUAAAUAUUUCAACCUUUGAUAAAC